UCCCUGUCUUGUUGAGAUAUAGUUGAUCGUAUAUAAAUAAAAGUAGCCUAUUCGAACUAUCCAACGUGCUGCUUCAAUUACCACUCAAGUCUUAAAUAAAUCAUUUACUAUUGCAAUCAACAUGCCGAAUAUUAAAUUGCAAUCGUCCGAUGAGGAGAUCUUCGAUACCGAUAUACAAAUCGCCAAGUGUUCGGGCACUAUUCGAACCAUGUUGGAGGAUUGUGGCAUGGAGGACGAUGAGAAUGCCAUUGUUCCCUUGCCCAAUGUUAAUUCGACAAUCUUGCGAAAGGUUCUCACUUGGGCAAACUAUCACAAGGAUGAUCCGCAGCCCACCGAUGAUGAUGAGAGCAAGGAGAAGCGCACCGAUGAUAUCACAUCCUGGGAUGCCGAUUUUCUCAAAGUCGAUCAGGGUACGCUGUUCGAACUGAUCUUGGCGGCCAACUAUUUGGAUAUUAAGGGUUUGCUGGAGCUAACAUGCAAAACUGUGGCCAAUAUGAUCAAGGGAAAGACUCCGGAGGACAUCCGUAAGACCUUCAACAUCAAGAAGGACUUCACUCCCGCCGAGGAGGAGCAGGUGCGUAAGGAGAAUGAGUGGUGUGAGGAGAAGUAAGCGAGUCUCGGCAAAAUCGAUUAACGGAAGAUGUAACAGAUUUCACGAUCCAACGUGAAAGGUGACACAAUACAUACAGACUUCGCGUAUUAAAUUAACAUUUAACUAGCUUGUAAACAAGAAGUUUAAGAAAUAAAUAUAAAACAUGCUUAGACAA